AUGGUUGCCACUACGGGCCUUUUGCUUCUCGGUUAUGAUCGAUACAUGCUUGGACGCCGCAGGGCCAUUAUUAAAGGUGGCUGUAUCAUGAUUAUCGGCAUUACUAGUCAAAUGGUAUCCAUCCCAGGCUCCGGUGCCGAUGCGCAAUUUAUCAUCGGACGAAUCGUGACUUGCAUUGGCAAUGGUAUUAACACAUCCAUAAUCCUGACACCGGGCGGAGUGUUCGCGAACAUCCAACCGCGGUCUCCUGAUCCCGUUACGACGAUGGUGAAGCUGUUAUUGCUUGCUUUUGAGGGGGAAGAUAUUGGGCAUCCGGAUGUCCAACUUCAGCAAAGUAUUGUGCUGGACUCAAUCAGAGUCAGGCAUCGGCUCCACCUCAACCCCAAUGUCUUCAGUUUUCACCAGUUGCAAAACGCAACAUUUCCGCUGAAUGCUUUUCGGAGUCUCGGCCCAAUUCAUGCAGCAAGUACACAAAAGGCGGCCACCGGCGCCACCGUUGGCCUCUUCACCUAUAUUGCUACUUUCGGCUCAUCCUGGGUGUCACUAGUAUGGCUCCACCCAGACAAAAUUUCACCCAUCAAGACGCGGGCAAAGGCCAACGCGCUUUCCACCUGCUCCAACUGGUUCUUCAACUUUAGACUGCGCGUCGCAGUCUGGAAGAGAUCGAUAUCAUUUUUCGCCAAGGGCUUCACAGUGAAGAUCAGCUGCGUGACUGCCGCUAAGCAGCUGCCCUAUCUUUCUAAGGAUGAGAUUACGCAAAUGAUCGAGCAGAAUGAAUUCGGCUCUAAAGACGAUUUACAACAAGAUGAAAUCAAAAGCACGAUGAGGACAGCAAAGGCUCGAACGAUAGCAAAAGGCGGAAAAUCACGGGUAUAUGAAAAAGAGGGGCCGGAGAUAUGCUUUUGGGCUAUGUACUACGGGCCGUUUCGUAUUCUGGAAAUCUUCAAUGGAAUUAUGAUCAGAGGAUGUUUCUGGUCUCUGAUUGGGAAGUCGACGAUCUAUCAACUACUUUCUCAAUCUGAGAUGAGUUCUAGACCUCCUUUCUCAUCGCCGGUUCUUUUGAAAAUUCCCCUCGGAAACCGAUCAUCCCUCAUGUCCUGGUACAUCCAACCUCAACGCGCGAACGCCCUCGCCGGGAGCGGCCGCCCCGCUCGUGAUUCCGUGAUGCCUGCAGUUGAAGAAGACGAUAAAGUCAGCCUGGUUUCGGAUGAGGAGCCUACUCAAUAUGAUAUGGCAGAGGAAGGCCGUGCAAUUGAGAGAUCCAGCAACGGCCCCAGCAAGAUGAUGAUGGCCACACACCAGGAUUCUCCCAGCAUCAACAGCGGUGCCCCUGUAGAUGACGUGGGUAAGGCGUCAUUAGAUAUGAAAACUGUGACUACAUCCAAUGGAUUCAACUACCGGGUGUGGAAGGUUGGGAUCUUGGCAGAUGUGAAGGUUAUUGAUAGGACUGAUAUCUUGAUGGAAACCCAGCACACAGCUCCCGAAGAUAGGGUGGCUUUGGAAAAGGAGAAGUGGACAGUCCGUGUGAAAGCCUUAUAUCAAGGAUGUUACAAUCCUUCCUCGAACCUGUUCAGAUGA